GGCAGCGGGGGGUUGAGGAGCGCGUCCCCGCACCGCAACGCGUACGAGGCCACCAUCCAGGCCCUGAAGCCCACAAAGGAUGCCGAGGGCGAGGACGGCAAGAAAGCCCGCAGCAAGAAGUAUGGCUCCAACGUCCAUCGCAUCAAGAACAUGUUCCUGCAGAUGGACGCGCCGGGCCCCGAGGGCGCCUGCGACUUGGCCAAGGGCAAGGAGAAACCCGUCCGCCUCUCCCUGCCCCGCGCCGGCAGCCUGAGCGAUGGCAUGGAGCAGGGCAGCCCGCUGAAGCUGGGCACCAGCGUGUCCGAGAGGGUGAGCCGCUUCGAUUCCAAGCCCGACAAACCCUUCUCCAAGCUGCAGGAGACCCGUAAGAUCUUCGAGAGGAGCCCGCAGGAGAAGGAAACCACCACCAAGCUGCUGCUGCGCAAAGAGCGCGCCGGCUUCCAGGACCGCAAGCUGGACGUGGUGGUGAAGUUCAACGGCAGCACCGAGUCCUUGGAUAAGCUGGACACCGAGGCCGUGUCGCCCACCGUCAGCCAGCUGAGCGCCGUGUUUGAGAAGGCUGACCUGAGGAACAACCUGCACAAGACGCCGGGGCGCGCCGGACCGCUCAACUCCAAGCUGGUGAGCAAAAGGUCCCGCGUCUUCCUGCAGGGCGGAGAGGGUGGCAAAGCUGAGGGCUGCGCAGAAGGCAGCGCUGCGCCCACACGGCCGCGUCCUGCGGAGGAGGAGAAGGUGAUGGGCAAAGCCCCGAGGUCGGCGGAGAAGGAUGGGAGCGUCCCGCGGGUGCAGGAGGUCUGCAAGAUCAAACCUGUGGAGGUGGAGGAGAGCGGAGAGUUGGAGGCGGAGGUGGAGGUGAAGGAGCCCACGGCUGCAGCCGAGGUGGCCAAAGGGGCCGAGGGGUCGGUGGUCCCCGAACCGUGCCUGGAUGGGGGUGAGGAGCCCCCCGACGCCAAGGAGGGAGGCAAGGGUGAGCGGGUGGAGGAGAGCGAGCUGUACGAUGAGUCCAAGAAGGAGGACUUCUCCGAGGCGGACCUGGUGGACAUAAGUGCCUACAGUGGGCUCGGGGAGGACUCGGGGGGCAGCGGGUUGGAUGAGGAUGAGGAAGCGGAUGGGCUCUACGAGCCCGAAUCCAGCUGCAUGGAGAUCCCGGGGCUGUCUGAGGAAGAGGAGCCCGUUCCCAAUCGCAAGAUCCAGUUCAGCACGGCGCCCAUCCAGGUCUUCAGCACUUACUCCAACGAGGACUACGACCGCCGCAAUGAAGAUGUUGACCCCAUGGCUGCAUCAGCAGAGUAUGAGCUGGAGAAGAGGGUGGAGCGGCUCGACCUCUUCCCCGUGGAGCUGGAGAAAGAUGCUGCAGGGCUGGGAAUCAGCAUCAUUGGCAUGGGCGCAGGGGCUGACAUGGGCCUGGAGAAGCUGGGCAUCUUCGUCAAGACGGUGACGGAGGGAGGGGCGGCCCACCGGGACGGCAGGAUCCAGGUGAACGACCUCAUCGUGGAGGUGGAUGGCACCAGCCUGGUGGGAGUGACGCAGAGCUUCGCUGCCUCCGUGCUCAGGAACACCAAGGGCCGUGUCCGGUUCCUCAUCGGGCGGGAGAAGCCAGGUGAGCAGAGUGAGGUGGCCCAGCUGAUCCAGCAGACGCUGGAGCAGGAGCGGUGGCAGCGGGAGAUGAUCGAGCAGCGCUACACGCAGUACACCGAGGAUGAUGAGGAGACAGGGGAAUACGCCACAGAUGAGGAGGAGGAGAUGAGCCCCAUGUUCCCCAGCAGUGAGAUGGCCAUCGAGGUGUUCGAGCUGGCCGAGAACGAGGACACGCUUUCCCCAGUUGAGAUGGACCCUGAGAAGCUGGUGCACAAAUUCAAGGAGCUCCAGAUCAAGCACGCUGUCACCGAGGCGGAGAUCCAGCAGCUGAAGAGGAAGCUGCAGUGCCUCGAGCAGGAGAAGGCACGGUGGCGGGCUGAGAAGGCCCAGCUGGAGCAGAGCGUGGAGGAGAACAAGGAGCGCAUGGAGAAGCUGGAGGGGUACUGGAUGGAGGCACAGAACCUGUGCCAGGCGGUGGAUGAGCAUCUCAAGGAGACACAGGCCCAGUACCAGACUCUGGAACGAAAGUACAGCAAGGCCAAACGGCUCAUCAAGGAGUACCAGCAAAAGGAAAUCGAGUUCCUGAAGAAGGAGACGGCGCAGCGGAGGGUGCUGGAAGAGUCGGAGCUGGCGCACAAGGAGGAGAUGGAGAAGCUGCAGGAGAAGGUGGGCACCGGGCGCCGGGAUGCGGGCUGCCCCUGAGCCCUGGGGCCACCGUGGGCACGGCCGGAUCCGGCCAUGGCUCCACCGCCGCCUGGUCCCGCUCCACCGCCGCUCCCACCGCGUCGCUCCCGCGAUGGAUCGCAGGAAUUCUGCUCUGCUCCUCAUCCCACGUUGGGCAGCAAUGGAUCUGCCCAACCCACCGGAUUCUGCUCCCGUUGUCCCGGAUCGAGGGGAUCCGUUUGGGCGCUGCCGUGCGCCCGAUCCUCCUCCUGGCGUUGGAUGCCGCACGGGAUCGCGGUGGAUCCGCCCAGAUGUUGGGCUGUGCUGGAUCCUGCUGCAGGGUCUGACAUUCCCCCCAUGGACCAAAAGAGAUUGUCUUGGGCACCGGAUCCUGGGCUGCGCUCGUGGGAUCCCGCAGUGGGUCCUGGCAGAUGUGUGUGAGGCUCUGGGUCACGCCUGAUCCUCAGCCUGGAGCCGGGUCCCAUGCUGGUCAUGUUGGAUCCCACCACGGGUCACACUGGAUUCCAUGUAGGCUCCACCAGAUCCCAACCAGGGAUCAGAGAGCUGUGCUGGGUCAUAGCAAAUCCCCUACGGGGUCACCGCAUCCCCCAGGAGCCCGGAGCACCUGGGAAGUGCCGUUGGUUGCGGUGUGGGGGCCGGGGGGCACCAGGGGACCCUCCAUGUGCCCCUCCUUUCCACGAUGCCCUCCUCAGACACCCCCAGAUGACGCACAGCCUCUCACCCACCAGCUGGCUGCAGCCCCCCAUUCCCGCCCCCCAAUCCCACACUGUCCCCCCGAUACUCCACCCCGUUCCCCUGUCCAUGCUGUUCCUCCCUAAUCGUGUCUCCAUCCUCUCCCCCUUGUCCCCCACCCACCAUCUCCGUGUCCCCCCCCAUCGCGUCCUCCAAGUUCUGUCCCCCAUCCCGUCUCCACGUC